AUGGCUUCCAUAAACUGUAACAGCAAUGAGUGAAGUGGAAUUGUGGCGCCAAUUUUUUUCCAUCAGUGAUUAAAUAAAUAAAAAUAAAUAAUAAAGUGGAUAAAUAAAUAAAAACAGCCUCAAUAUGCCGGCUUUUUUAAAGCAUAUUGAGGUAGAAAAUUUCAAAUCCUACAAGGGUAAGCUGGUGAUCGGGCCACUUAAGUCAUUUACCGCCGUCGUCGGACCCAAUGGAUCAGGUAAAUCAAAUUUCAUGGAUGCUAUAAGUUUUGUUAUGGGCGAAAAGACAAGCAGUUUACGUGUUAAAAGAUUCAGCGAACUUAUCCAUGGAGCAUCGAUAGGUAAACCAGUGUCACGUAGUGCGUCAGUUACUGCCGUAUUUGAGCUGGAAGACGGCAAUGAAAAAUCUUUCAUGCGUUCUGUCCAGGGCUCGUCAUCAGAGCAUCGUAUCAAUGGAUCUGUGGUGACGAGUCAAGUCUAUCUAACAGAAUUAGAACAUCUAGGAAUAAAUGUAAAAGCUAAAAAUUUCCUGGUAUUCCAAGGAGCCGUCGAGUCAAUAGCGAUGAAGAAUCCAAAAGAAAGAACGGCGCUCUUUGAGGAAAUCAGUAACUCCGGUGCCUUGAAAGCUGAAUACGAGCGUUUGCGUACAGAAAUGUUGCGCGCCGAAGAAGAGACACAAUUUUCUUACCAAAAGAAAAAGGGAAUAGCAGCAGAACGUAAAGAAGCUAAACUAGAAAAAGAGGAAGCCGAAAAAUAUCAACGUCUCAAAGAAGAGUACGUUGAGAAACAGAUAGAGUUGCAACUGUUCCGACUCUAUCACAAUGAAAAGGACAUUGAGGAUCUGGAGAACAGUCAGAAGAAGCGUCAGCAUGACUUGGAAAAAGUUGAGAAGAAGAAGGAGAAAGCCGAGGAAGUUUUAAAGGAGCGAAAGAAGGAUUUAGGUAAAUUGACUAGAGAAUUAGCUAAAGUAGAACAGGAUAUCAGGGAAGUUGAAGUAGAGAUCACCAAAAAACGUCCCACAUUUAUUAAGGCCAAAGAACGCGUAGCGCAUAUGCAGAAAAAGGUUGAGUCUGCUCACAAAUCCCUUCAGCAGGCGCGUGCCGCUGACGAAGCGCACAAGAAGGACAUCGCGGAGCUGCAGGAAGAGCUGAGAAAAGUAGAAGAGGCCAAGGCCGCCUACGAAGCCUCCAUCGCUGGUCAGUCCCAGCAGCAGGGCCGCGAUGUCCAGCUAGAAGACGAACAAGUCAGCGAGUACAAUCGGCUGAAAGAAGAAGCCGGCAAGCAGUCGGCGCGGUACCUCCAGAUGCUGGACUCCAUAAACCGGGAGCAAAAGUCCGACCAAGAUCGCCUGGACAACGAGAGCCGCAAGCGCACGGAAAUUGAAAACAAGCUCAAGCAGAAAGGUCAUAUGAGAGACGAAGCACUGAAACGUGUGGAAAAACUCGAGGAACAUAUCAAGACCUCGGAAGCUGCGCUAGAGGAACAGAAAAAGCUGCGCGCUGAUUUGCAGAACGACGUCGGCUCCUCUAAGGACACGAUACAGCGGCUUCAGCGUGAGCUGGAAAAUAUUUCCGAGCAGCUUGGCGAUGCUAAGGUCGACAAACAUGAGGUCGCGAGGACCAAGAAGAAGACGGAGAUCGUGGAAAAUUUUAAGAGAUUGUUCCCGGGGGUUUAUGACAGAAUGUAUAAUAUGUGCGAGCCGAUUCACAAAAGGUACAACGUUGCUGUUACUAAAGUACUGGGUAAGUAUAUGGAAGCUAUCGUCGUUGACACGGAGAAAACAGCGCGACAGUGCAUCCAGUAUUUGAAGGAACAGUAUCUGGAACCGGAGACUUUUUUACCUUUGGAUUACAUCCAGGCCAAGCCGUUGAAGGAACGUCUGAGGAACAUCAAGGAGCCGAAAAAUGUAAAAUUGCUGUAUGACGUUUUGCAUUUCUCGCCUAAGGAUAUUGACAGGGCGGUUUUGUUUGCUACGAACAAUGCUCUGGUCUGCGAAACUCCCGAGGAUGCCAACAAAGUCGCCUAUGAGCUGGACAAAAAAACCCGCUACGACUGCGUCGCCUUGGAUGGAACUUUCUAUCAGAAAGCGGGGAUCAUUUCCGGGGGUAGUUUGGAUUUGGCGAAAAAAGCUAAACGUUGGGACGAAAAACAGAUGUCGCAGCUUAAAGCCCAGAAAGAAAAACUGACGGAGGAACUGCGCGAGUGUUUGAAAAAGUCGCGCAAGGAGUCGGAGCUCAAUACGAUCGAGUCGCAGAUCCGGGGACUGGAGACGAGGCUGAAGUACAACAAGAGCGAUUUGGUUGCUACCAAAAAGCAGAUAGCGGAUUUAGAAAAUGAGCUGAAGAGUCUCCAGGCGGAACUGGACCAGUUUGAGCCGACGAUCGCGGCCAUUGAGAAGACAAUGGCUGAAAGGGACCAAGAGAUUCAGAAUAUUAAAGAGAAAAUGAAUAACGUCGAGGAUGAUGUAUUUGCGAGCUUCUGUGAGCAAAUCGGCGUGUCAAAUAUUCGUCAGUACGAGGAACGCGAGCUGAGAUCGCAGCAGGAACGGGCCAAGAAGCGAAUGGAGUUUGACAAUCAGUGCAAUCGUAUACAAAACCAGCUGGACUUUGAGAAGCAGAGAGACACCGAGAGCAAUGUCUUGAGAUGGGAGCGCGCGGUUCAGGAUGCCGAGGACAAGUUGGAGUCCGCGAGGCAGACUGAGGCCAACCAGAAAGCGGAGAUCGAGAAUGACGAGGCUCAGAUGGAGAAACUAAAGUCUCUACGCAAUACUAAAAAAUUAGAAGUCGAUACCAAGGAGGAAGAGAUCGGCAAGUGCCGUCGGGAUGUUGGUUCCAUCGCCAAAGACAUCCAGGCAAUACAGAAGCAGCUCAAUAAUAUCGAGAAUAAAAUCGAGCAGCGCAAAGCUGAGAGACAUGCGAUUUUGAUGCACUGCAAACUCGAGGACAUCGCGGUACCUAUGAUCCAUGGGAACAUGGAAGACAUCGCUGGCGACGCGAACAAUGACACCAACAAUGAAACCCUCAGUACCCAACAGCAGUACGAGCGCGAAAGCAGAAUAACAAUAGACUAUUCCAUGCUGCCGGACAAUUUGAAAGACGUCGAGGAAGACGAGAUUAAGAAAACUACCGACAAACUCAACAAGGGGAUCAAUGAUCUGCAGAAUAACAUCCAGAGGAUCCAGGCACCCAAUAUGAAAGCCAUACAGAAGCUGUAUCUGGCGAAGGAAAAACUCCAGGAGACUAAUGAAGAGUUUGAGCAGUCGCGUAAAAAAGCUAAGAAAGCCAAGACGCUUUUUGAAAAAGUUAAAAAAGAACGACAUGACAAAUUCAUGGCCUGCUUCGAGCACGUAGCCAAUGAGAUUGAUCCCAUCUACAAGAGUCUUGCGAAAAAUCAGUCAGCUCAGGCGUUUCUUAGCCCGGAAAAUCCCGAGGAACCUUAUCUGGACGGCAUCAAUUACAACUGUGUCGCUCCGGGGAAGAGGUUCCAGCCGAUGUCGAAUCUCUCGGGAGGUGAAAAGACCGUCGCCGCCUUGGCGCUGCUCUUUGCGAUCCACAGCUUCCAGCCUGCGCCGUUUUUUGUCCUCGAUGAGAUCGACGCAGCCCUGGACAACACGAACAUUGGAAAGGUCGCGAGCUACAUCAGAGACAAGACCAGCUCGCUGCAGACGAUCGUUAUUUCUUUGAAGGAAGAAUUUUACUGUCAUGCUGACGCGCUUAUUGGAAUUUGUCCGGAAGUCGGGAGCUGUCUGGAGAGCAAAGUACUAACGUUAGAUUUAACAACUUAUCCUAUGAAUGUUAAUUAAGACUUUUAUAUUAUUUAUCUUGUCAUUUUAUUCGUUCGUUAGUUAGUUAUUAUAAGUUUCAUUUAUCUUUUUUCUUUCUUUUUUUUUUUACUAUUAUUUAAUUAAUUAAAUAAAUAUAUUAAAUAUAUUUUUCUUUCUAAAACUUAACUUUGAAUUUAUAAUACUUAUGUUUCUUGAUUUACAUUUGAUUGUUAAUGGGGAAGCUUGUACAUAAAUCAAAGAAAAGAUAAUAAAAACAUUUUUGAAU